CCAGGCCAUACCUCCCACGUACACGUCAUUCAGAUAAAAAAAAGAAGUCAAAAAGACUGUAUACAAAUGAAAACGCUACAAUAUUAUGACAUAUGACUGAAAGUUCCGGACGUUUUCAGAGCAUCUCAGCCUAGCAGUAUACAGGUGUUCACCACCCAGCCAUGGAUACCACCACCUCCCUGAAGAUGACCUCCAUGGCCGUUCAGAGCCUAUUCAGCUACGUGGAGGAGGAGAACCUUGCUGCAAUCAAAGCUCAUUUGGACAAGUUUAGAGAUGUGGACAGCAGAAGUGAUAAUGGACAGACUCCACUGAUGGUGGCUGCAGAGCAGGGCAAUCUAGAGAUAGUGCAAGAGCUGAUCAAAAGAGGAGCAAAUGUCAACUAUGAUGAUGUUGACUGUUGGACAGCGCUAAUCUCGGCCUCCAAGGAGGGUCAUAUCCAGGUAGUGAGGGAACUGCUGGAUAACGAUGCCAACAAGGAACACCGAGACAUGGGAGGCUGGACUGCUCUCAUGUGGGCCGCAUAUAAAGGUCGUACAGAUGUUGCACAGCUGCUCCUGGAUAAAGGAGCUAACCCUAACAUCACCGGCCAGUAUAGCGUCUACCCCAUCAUUUGGGCGGCAGGUCGUGGUCACGCUGAGAUUGUCCAUCUACUGCUGCAGCACGGAGCCAAGGUCAACUGCUCAGACAAGUAUGGUACUACUCCGCUGAUCUGGGCUGCUAGGAAAGGUCACUACGACAGUGUGAUGCACCUUCUAGCCAAUGGAGCCGACGUGGACCAAGAGGGAGCUAACUCCAUGACAGCUUUGAUUGUGGCAGUGAAAGGCGGCUACACCGAAGUUGUCAAGGAGCUGCUGAAGAGGAACCCAAAUGUCAACAUGACAGACAAGGAUGGCAACACGGCCCUGGCCAUCGCAGCCAAGGAGGGUCACACAGAGAUUGUCCAGGACUUGCUGGAUGCCGGCACUUACGUUAACAUCCCAGACAGGAGUGGGGAGACCAUGCUGAUUGGAGCAGUCAGAGGAGGCCACGUGGAGAUAGUUCGAGCUCUGUUGAACAAAUACGCAGAUAUUGAUGUCAGGGGCCAGGAUGGUAAGACAGCGCUCUACUGGGCGGUGGAGAAGGGUAACGCCACCAUGGUGAGAGACAUCCUGCAGUGUAACCCUGACACUGAGAGCUGCACCAAGGAGGGUGAAACACCACUCAUCAAAGCCACGAAAAUGAGAAACAUUGAGAUAGUAGAGCUGCUGCUGGACAAAGGAGCCAAGGUGUCAGCUAUAGACAAGAAAGGCGACACACCCCUCCACAUUGCCAUCAGGGGGAGGAGCCGAAAGCUGGCCGAGCUGUUGCUGAGGAACCCUAAAGAUGGCCGCCUCCUUUACCGCCCAAACAAGGCCGGGGAGACGCCAUACAACAUUGAUUGCACCCACCAGAAAAGCAUCCUGACGCAAAUAUUUGGCGCCAAGCAUCUGUCCCCCACUGAGUCAGACGGGGACAUGUUGGGUUAUGACCUGUAUAGCAGCGCUCUUGCCGACAUUCUCAGUGAGCCCACCAUGCAGCCACCCAUCUGUGUUGGCUUGUAUGCGCAGUGGGGCAGCGGGAAGUCUUUUCUUCUUAAAAAACUGGAGGAUGAAAUGAAGACAUUUGCAGGCCAGCAGAUUGAGCCCCUGUUCCAGUUCUCCUGGCUGGUGGUUCUCCUCACCCUUCUGCUGUGUGGCUCAGUGGCCGUCAUCCUGGGGUUUACUGUUGAUCACAAGCUGGCCAUUGCUGUUUCACUCAGCUUCCUUGCUUUGCUUUACAUCUUCUUUGUUUUGGUGUACUUUGGAAGCCGACGUGAGAGAGAGAGCUGGAACUGGGCAUGGGUCAUCAGCACCCGCCUGGCACGCCAAAUUGGUUACCUUGAGCUCCUGCUGAAACUGAUGUUUGUCAACCCCCCCGAACUGCCUGAGCAAACCACCCGCGCACUGCCAGUCAGGUUCUUGUUCACGGAUUAUAAUCGCCUGUCCAGUGUUGGUGGGGAGACCUCCAUGGCCGAGAUGAUUGCCACGCUCUCAGAUGCUUGUGAAAGGGAGUUUGGCUUCAUGGCCACCAGGCUGUUCAGGGUUUUCAAGAAUGAUGAAAUCCAAGGUAACAAGUGGAAGAAGACCUGCUGCAUGCCCUCCUUUGUGCUGUUUGCCUUGACACUUUGCUGCCUCAUUGCCGGCCUAGCUCUGCUGGCUAUAUUUAAGGUGGACCCCAAGAACCUGACAGUGAAUGCGGUGCUGAUAGCCAUGGCCAGUGUGGUGGGCUUGGCCUUGCUCCUCAACUGUAAGACCUGGUGGCAGGUGGGUGAUUCCGUUCUCAACUCCCAGAGGAAACGCCUGCACAGGGCUGCCAAUAACCUGCACCAGCUCAAGAGUGAAGGGUUUAUGAAGGUUCUGAAGCAUGAAGUGGAGCUGAUGUCAAAGAUGGCCAAGACCAUUGAUGGCUUCACCCAGAACCAGACACGAAUGGCUGUCAUCAUAGAUGGCCUGGAUGCCUGUGAACAGGACAAAGUGCUGCAGAUGCUGGACACGGUGCGUGUUCUAUUCUCCAAAGGCCCCUUCAUCUCCAUCUUUGCUAGCGACCCCCAUAUCAUCAUCAAAGCCAUCAACCAAAACCUCAACAGUGUGCUGAGAGACUCAAACAUCAAUGGCCACGACUACAUGAGAAACAUUGUCCACCUGCCUGUGUUCCUCAACAGCCGAGGUCUCAGCACUGCCAAGAAGCUCUGCAUGGCGGCUUCCACCAACGGUGACAGCUUGGCUGCUGAAGGAUGGACUGAUGAUGGCGACAAGAAGAUGUCUCAAAAUAGCUUGGCUCCAGAUCAGGCCAAGUUCGGCAGCAAGAACGCUCUCAACCGCAGGGACACAUACCGGCGCCGCCAGAUGCAGAGAACUAUCACCAGACAGAUGUCUUUUGACUUGACAAAGCUGCUGGUGACUGAGGACUGGUUCAGUGACAUCAGCCCGCAGACCAUGAGGAGGCUGCUCAAUAUAGUUUCUAUCACAGGCCGUCUGUUGAGAGCCAAUCAGAUCAUCUUCAACUGGGAUCGUCUGGCGUCGUGGAUCAACCUGACCGAGGAGUGGCCUUACAGGACGUCAUGGAUCAUCCUCUAUUUGGAAGAGACUGACGGUGUGUCUGAUCAGAUCUCUCUUAAGACCAUCUAUGAGAGGAUCGUGGGUGUGCUGGAGCCUAUCCUAGCUGACCUCGGGCGAGAGGCAGGGUACUGGUCGCCAGUCAAUCGCAGGGCACAUAUAGACAAACAACCAUUCACACAACCAUUCACUCUCACUCUCAUACCUGUGGACAAUUUAGAGUCGCCAUGUUUUUGGAAUGUGGGAGGAAACCGGAGUACCCGAGAAUAUUGAGAUUCUUAUUGUAUUAAAUUAUCAGGAACAUACAACAUACAACAGAUGAAUUUCCCUGCUGUGGGAUUAAUAAAGUACUACUAUACUAUACUAUACUAUGCUUGCACAUUGGACAGCCAUAACAUUGAUAUUUGACUUUUGUGUAUUAAUAUAAUCUUGACAAAUUUAAGAUUAACAUGCUUGUUGCCACAUAAACUACAUUAAUCACUGCUGCCAUUAAAAGGCAUGUCUCGAUAUUCUUAGUUAAAUCCAGAAGGUACAAUCCCUUUGACUUUUGUCACUGACAUAAAACACGUGGACCAGCAGAUGGCAGUAGAUCAUUUUCAUUUCCAGCACCCGUCCAAAUUGUAAUUAGUGCCACAGCUCCUUGCUCCUCAUUUUGUAUUUUUUUUCAUUAUGCAUGCGUCAAAUUAUGACUCUAUUACAGUAUGCGAGCUAGAUUAAUGACUUGACAUGAUUUCUUAGAAGCGGUCAAAUUAGUCUCAGAUGUCUUUGUUGGAGCAGCAAAGGAAGGAGCAGUGUUGUUGUGCUAUGUGUGCACACCACGGCGGUGACAUCUUUGUGUUUGUGCGGCCACAGAUGCUCUUAGGCGGAGGUUGUCGCUGGGUUUGGCCGCUGUUGUUCAUCAGUCGCUGGCCUUUAAAGGUUGCACUCUGUCACAAUACACUAGCGCCUACGACUCCUGCGGCAGGGAAGUGUCGCACACGAUUACAGUCAGCUGCUCAGCCAACUAGAUUCAACAGACAGGCCUCCUCCAACCAUCGAGAACCACUUCCUCAUUAGAUCAGCUCUUUUUUAUUUGUUUUUUCAAAAACAUCACUUUUCGCUUCAAGUGUGAACAAGAAGAUGACAGCAUCCGAUGCAUUUUGUCAGAUAACGUAUUUUUGUGGGAAUGAUGAUUUCUGUCUGUGUGGUGAUGUUAUCAAGGAAAGUAAACACGACAUGCUUGUGAGAAAAAGACGACCAUGAAAUAUUUGGACAUUGACCAUCCAAGAAGAAGCUGCCAUUUAACAAGGCGUGGGUGUGCUCAUUAGGCCUAAUGUAACCAUCUUCCUGUUUCUGACCAGCAGCGUUGUCUGUCUUCUUCAUCUUCCUCCUCACUGGCUGUCUUUCCAAAUGGCUGCUCUGUCUCACUGUUGGCCAAAAUGACGUUAAUGAUGAUGACAUCGCUAAACAGGCCUUGCCUUGGGGCCUUAUCUUAUGUACAAAUCUUCCAUUGAUAAGACUCAGGUCUUGGCGUGUGGAUCUUUUUUGCAAGGCUGUUCAGAUUCUUUUACUGGAGUAUAACACAUAAGAACACACACAUUGCGUAGUAUAAUACCUACAAUCUCAGUAACACACUUUGCAGUGGACUUUAGAAACAUAUUUAAAAAAAUGCAGCAACAUGGCAAUAUUGUUAAGGAUAUCAUUAAGGAUAAGAGAAAAAUGAGGUAAUGAGUGUCCCAUCUUUUUGUACUGUAUAUAUACAGUAUAUAUAUAUAUAAUCUAAGCAAAUAUGGCAAAUCUGUGGUGCAGGCUGGCUUAACUUACUAUCUAUACUGAUUUUGAUGGUCCCCCAUUUAUCGAUCUGUUUAUCUAUAGCAGGGGUCACCAGCGUGGUGCCCGCGGGCACCAGGUAGCCCCCCACGACCACAUGAGGCGCCCGCAAGCCUGCUUUUCAUUCAGGUUUUCAGUUAAUAAUGAAAGAACAGUAGAAAGAAAUGCAUUCUGAAAUACAAAAUGUGAGUUGUGGACACCAGAUUUUGUUAAUGUUCUGGUAAAACAAGCAUAUUCGCUUUGUUUGGGUUUAAAAUAAGCUCUGAAAAUAAAUGUUACAAAAAUGAGUAGCUCUUGGCCAUUUUCAUUUUGCAAAAGUAGCUCUCACAAGGAAAAACGUUGGUGACCCCUGAUCUACAGUGAAAGGUCAAAAGUCGAACACAAUUCUGUAACGCUGGUUGCCAAGUUGUAGUAAUGUCAAAACAAGUUUUCCCACGGGAAAUAAUGUAAAAAAUUGUGGUUCCACAAUAAAGUAAAACUACUCAGUCAUGUAAUGGAGAGAGUGGCAGGAAGUUUUUUGCAGACCAAGACUGGCCCUUAUAGGUAUUUAAUAUGUACGGCCGUCCCUCGUUUAUUGCGGUUAAUUGGUUCCAGACCCAAGCUCGAUAAGUGAAUUUCUGCGAAAUAGAAUUCAGUUAUUAAUAAACUGAAUAUUUCCAUAGUUACAGCAUAGAGAACCUGUUAAUGACUUUCUAAACACUGUUUUUACCAUUAUUAGAGCCCUGUAGACAUGAAACAACACCCCUCUAGUCACCUUUACACUCCUAUUAUUCUUUGUUUACACCGUGUUGCGUAACACUAAUGCGCAGGCAACGGGAUCACUGCAAGGACAUAAGAGACAGCCGCUGCACAUAGCAUAUAGGAAGCUACCAAGCUAACUAAUUAGCCUCCAAUUUUUUUUAUUUAAAGUUAAGAAAGUGUUUCAAAUGGAGUGUGGAAAAAUGAUAAAGUAAGAAGCCAAAAACAUGACACUUCCACACGGUAUUUUUCACUCUAUCAUGUCGGACAUGCCAUGGCUGACUUCAUGCAGUGUUAAGGAAUUGUAAUCUAAGGCCUAGGUUCCCAAAGUGGGGUACGCCAAUUGUCAUUGGGGAUACGUGAAUAAAAAUGAAAAACAGUUAGCGCCUAACACUCACAAUUGCGAGCGCUCCUGAAUGCCUCAUAGCAUAAAGCGCACCGCCAUAGCACAAACAAGGAUGGCGACAGGGCACGAAGUUCUUAUUUGCUCUGUGUGAGUUAUAUGAAUAAGUAAGUACGUUUGAUGAUGAUGGUGUGGAUUAAGAUUGUUUAAUCUUGAGGGUUUAAUUUAUAGCUGCUUGUAUGUAUUUUUGUAGUUUGGAUCCUGCUUUUUCAUGUUUGUUCAAUUAAUAUCCAGGUUUAAAUGAUAGCGAUUGCAAGUGAACAAAAGUGAAACUCAAGUUCAACCCAUUCAAAGGGAAGGAUCCCAACAUUGGCUGAAGUAAAAGAUAUGUAGGACGUCUUUCAGUGUUUUUUGGCUAAUAAUAGGCCAUAGUCAAACAUGAAACAGCGAUCAUUUUUUAAUUAAUUACUUUUAUAUCAUCAAACCAUGAUGUAGCAAGGGACCACUCCAUUCCUUGUAUUAUGAAAUGAUAUUUUAAUAGGUUUGCGAUAUUGGAUCAUUUUAUUGUAUUGCUCAUACUAGUAGGCUGACACUUCUAUGUUUCAGUGAGUUCUAUUUCUGAUUUUACGUUUAGCAUCACCCUUUUCCUGUUUGCCAUCACAAAAAAAGCCAAAUAAAAAUAAAUAGAAUUACUCAAGUAAUAGUUUGUGCCUGUGCCAAAAAUUGCACAGUUUGGCUUUCAGGAUGUCUUUUAAUGCGGUAGCCGACUGUUUUAAGUAUUGUGGAGGACUUUCUGGAAAACAUUCUUAUUCUUCUUGAUCAUUUAAUAUAAUUAAACAACAGCCAUUUCUUUAAAGCAACCAUAAUUGUCUGCUCUUGCAUUAUUAUAAUAUGAAAAAUAUCCUUAAAUAAAACAUAAAAAAACGUUCAUGUGAUUAAUUGCAAGUUAACUAUGAAAAUCUUGCGAUUAAUCACAACUGGAACUUUUCAUGGGUUGAAAAUGGUCCAAAAUACUUUUAGCAUGAAUGUCAUGUCAAACCGUAGUUGUUUUGGCGAGUGUAACACACCACAGAGACAGUAAUUAUUGUCAAAUCACAGUUACUAGCGAUAUAUACGGCUGUACAAGUAUACGCGCACAUUUUGGAGCACAGCACUGGGCUAGUUCAGCGUUCUUACACAGCAAUACUGCACUUCCCCAGAGCGAUAAUAAGUGAAUAUAUUAGUGGUGAAGUGAACGUGGGGGUGAGUCAGCCCUUAUAGGUCAACUGUCGCCCUGCAUCUCAGUCACAAGGGAGCCGAAUUUUCCUCGCCUUCUCCUCUUCAUCUAAUAAGCUUGUGAGCAGAGCAUCGCCAUUUUGUAAAUCACAGAAAUGAUAAAAGAGGUUAUCUUUAGUCACUAUUGAGAUUAGAUGAAAAGAAUGCAGGUUUAAUCCUCGUCAGGUGAUGUUAAGAUUCAGUACUUCAAUAUGAAUUCAUCCGUACAAGCAAUAAUAUUGUAAACACGCAUCCACUCAGUGAUAUGUGUGAUAUCCCAGGGUGUUACAAUAAUACAAUCUAAUUAAAUACAAUUGAAAGCUGUUUUUGAGUAAUAGCAAAGAUCCGUAUGGCUGUGUAGCGUCAGUUAUGGAUGCAGUGAGAAACGUUCAGCACUAAUUCUUGUAGCGGGCGUAGACCAGCACAGCCUCUCUAAUCUGAUGGAGAAUGUGCAAUCGGUUUAUAACCUCAGCAAUUUGACAUCAUUAACGGUAGAAUGAGGGGGAAAAGGCUGCACAAACUUGAUGGAAGGUAGCAGCAAAGAUGUCUUUGGGAGAUUUUGGCCCACACACACAAAGAAUGCUGAUUCAAAAAAAAAAAAAAAAAGUUCUGUACAGGAAAUAACAAAUUAAACUUCAAGCAAUGAGCCAGCGCUCGCGGUCCGUCCGGCACACCGCCACUGACAAUUGAAAUUAAGCUUGGAGUGUUUUUUGGAGCAGCCGUCCCAUUAGCAUUCCUAUUUGUAUUGCCGUUUUGUCUGAUCACACACUAAUUGAAUUUGAGCUCGCAGCCUUGUGACUAUCAUAUUCACCGCUCCUGUGUGUCUUCAUCCUCCACGUUCUCUCAGGGGUCUGUUUUUCUCCAGGUUUGGCGGCCAUUAGAGCCUUAAUGACAACAAGCUAACUAGCCUCUCUCAACGCUUCAUGGUUAUUGCUCCAACGCAGGCUGCCGCUUCUAAAAGACCAUUAAUACACCUUUCCUGUUGAUUUCCUUCAUGUAGUUUAGAGUCAUUACAUUACAUUUAGCCAUUUAGUCCUCAUGUAGAUUAAUUUAGUGUGACUGAGGAAAGCACAGCUACUGGAUUUUCCUUAAGAUUCAAGGUUGUUAAAACGUCUUACUCAGUGGUUCUCAAACUUUUCACUGUCCCCUUCAGAUAUUUGAGUCGAAGCUAAGUAGCCCCUACUUCUGCACACUUAUCAGUGUCUGGAAGCACACACAAAAUUAUCUUCAAUCUGAAUUAUUUCUCACCUGUUUGGUUGAUUUAUUUAAUUAACUAUCGUCAUUUUCAUUGAGCAAAAGCAGUACUUUUUUCUUUACAGAGGGUAUAUCCCUCCCUAGUUGCAAUUGCUGUGUUUCAGAUUGAUUUUGCACCCAGGCUCACACAGUACAAACUACAAGAAGGUGUUCAAAUCAAGUACACGGUCACGGUGCUACGAAAGAAAAGACACACCAAGUAACACAUGUGGAACACUGGCUUGACUGGUGUCUCCGAAGUACACAUUUGUUUGAGCAUCCAUCCCGAUUACUCGAUAGACUGCCAUAGGCGUCAGUCAGUCAUCGAGAUUACUAUACUUACUGUGCGAGAGGAGAUUUACCGAAUUACUGAAUUUGCUCACCACUAAAUGGUAUUGCACAAACCAAUGUGUAAUAUGUGGCGAUGGAGGAACGCUCCUGACUGCUUGUCAAAAAUAACGCGUUAACGGCGGUAUCUAAUUUAUUUAAUUAAUUUUUAUUGGAAUUAAUGCAUGCGUUGUUUUAUAACUUUAUUCUGACCUGAACACAUCAACAAUUCCAGCAGCAUGUACUGUAUGUAUCCAUAACGCACACAUUUAUCCAUUCACCCUGGGAACAAAACACUUCCUCUUCCUCAAGGUGCAUUUACGAACACUCUGAAUUCCUAACAUCACAACAACAUCUUUAUUAUGUGUGUAUGUGCGGUCUAAACAGAAAGACGAACAAAAACAAUACUUGGCUAUUCCGAUUAGCAGUCAAGUAUGCUCGGAAAGCCCAGAAAAUACUCAAACCAUGUGAAUUCAACUUAAAUUGCGCGGUGUCUUUGAAUGCAACCACUCAUUGUAACACGGUUUAUGUGUGAUUCUUGCGUUCUGCUACUAUUAAAGAGACUAGUGUUUAAAUAGAUAUUUAGACAUGUGUGGUGUCUUUUAAUUGUAGCAUUUUCAGUUAAUUUGGAGAUGUUAAUACAUACAAAUAUACGUAAUCCUGUGCUGUCGUAUUCCUUUCUGUUAAUACCAUGCAGUAAAAAUGGCAAUAGUUGGGAAUGUUGAUUAAUCAUGAUAAAUUAAUUUGAUAACUGUGAUUAAUCUGAUUAAAAAUUGUAAUCAUUUGACAGCCCUGAAAUUUUUUUUACGUACCCUCAUGACAAUUGGCGUAACCCACUUUGGGAAGCUAGACUUCUUCAUGAGUCAUUUUUCCAGUGCUGUGGGAAUUCCAAAAGAAAAACAUAAUUUACAUUAUUAUUAUUUUGACUCACCUAAUUCAGCAUUAAUUGGAUGAGUCACUCUUAUGUAAUCGGUCUGAACAACCACCUUAUUUUAUAAACCGAUAAUAUGUUACAGGCACCGAGUCACUCCACUGCUGCCACACACACACACACACACGCACAAAAGCAGUAUCAACUAUCUUCUCAAGCCUGCUUCUAUAUCAUUAGUGUUAAAACAGUUUACAUGAUUCUAUGGAAAAUAAUGGUAAGAAGUAAAGAAUCACAGUAGAGCAUAAAAUGCCGCCAAGGUGAAAAGAUUGUGGUCUACAUAACAACACAGAGAUUCCUGGCAGUAGAAACAGUCUAAUUCACAUUGUUGCAUGUAUAAGUAAGAAAGCACUGCUCUGCACUCUGCACCCUGUUAUUGGAGCCAGACCCUUGUAAGUGCUGUACAUGUGAAAAGAAUCAUUGUAUUUAAUUCUCAUUUUUUUGUUGUCAAAUCUAUGUAAAACAUGUACAAAUAUGUAAAAACAGUGCUUCUAAUUACUGUAUUGAGCCAAAUAUAACACGGCCAUGCAUGUAAAACGACCAUAAUUUUAAGACCAUAAUAGACAAAAAAAAUUAAAAAUUAAAUGAAAUAACAACUGAUAGAUUAUAAUAAUUGAUCACAGCAAUUGCUCGACAGUUUGAUAACUCCGCUUCAUUGACAACCAUUAUCCCAAAAUUAGCAUCAUAACUCCUCUGUUGUUUGCUAACUUGCCCCUACCUUUGAGACAAUCUCUGCAUCACGGCUGAAUCCCUCCAGGUUACUU